AUGGCAGGGCCGACGGAAGGGGAGAAGGCGGCGGCCACGAGGGCGCCUCCUCCGAAGAAAUUCAUCGGGGUGCGGCAGAGGCCGUCGGGGCGGUGGGUGGCCGAGAUCAAGGACUCGUCCCAGAAGGUCCGGCUGUGGCUGGGCACGUUCGACACCCCCGAGGACGCCGCACGGGCGUAUGACGACGCCGCGCGCAGCCUGCGGGGCGCCAACGCACGCACCAACUUCGGCUCCUCCUCGUCGUCGUCGUCGUCGUCUUCGUCGACAUCCGGCGGUGGCCGAGUAGCGGAGGAGGACCUGCCGCCGUUCUCGUUUGAGGACGGAGCGGAUGCGGAUGCGGAUGCGGAGGCCGAGGCCGAGGACCUUAUCGACUUGCUGAAGGCAAAGCUGCUCGAGGGGAGGACUGCGUCGAGGCAGCUGCCGUCUCAACAGGGGGAAAUAUCGGGCCGCGGGGCCCACCAGCGGCCGCCAGGGUUGCCCUGCUGGUGGCCUUCUGCUGCAUCUGCAUCUGCACCUGCAUCUGCGUCUGCUUCUUGUAAUUCUACUGAUGGGCAGAAUACUAAAAGCACUGGUGUCCGUCCGCUGUCGGGCUUGGAGAAGCGCUUAUUGUCGUCAUCUGGAGUUGCGAAACAUAGUAGUAGUAGUAGCAGUACUCGUGAUUACAGCACUGGUGAUUACAGCUGGAUCACCGGAAAUCGGAGCGCAUUAAGUUCGAGUGCUCUGCAACCGACACUGCACGGUCGGUCCUCCUCCGACGGCUCGGCCAUCUCUUUCCAAGAGGCUGCUGCUGGCUCUUUCGCAAGCAGCGAUGGGGCUAAGCGCCCCAGGCUCGACUGA